AUAAACGUAUUUUUUUAAUAGAACUAAGAAAUAUUUUAUGGGACGAAUGAAAAAAGAGACUCAAUAGAAAAUUGUGUUGGCCUCCCACCCUUGUUUCCAUUAUCGUCUUUUUCAUUGUGUUCCACACUUCCACCCAUUCGUUCUUCCUCUUCUAUCGCUUCUGUGAAAAAUCACUAAAAUGGCUUCUUCUUCUCUCCAUUUGCAGCUCUACUCCGCUCAGCCAUCUCUAUGGAGUUCGAGGCACCGGUCUAUUCCAUCGGCGGUCUUUCAAACCAAGCGGAAUCCGCCGUUAACUCCUCCCAAUCUCCGGUUGGAAGCAGUUUAUGGCUUCCGCGAUGAUGAAAUCCCGGACCGCAGCACCAAAAAAAUUCUGGCCAAGGCCACCGACAAUAAUCAAGAUGUUAAAACAAGCAGCAUUGUGUGUGCUAAUUGUGAUGGAAAUGGGGCAGUAUUGUGUUCGCAAUGCAAAGGAAGUGGUGUAAACUCUAUUGAUCAUUUCAACGGGCAGUUUAAAGCCGGUCAACUUUGCUGGCUUUGCCGAGGUAAGAACGAGAUUCUUUGUGGUAAUUGCAACGGAGCUGGCUUUACUGGUGGAUUCAUGAGCACUUUUGAUGAAUAAUUCAAUGACUAAAUCGAGUGCUAUUUACCACCAAACCAUGCCAACAAAAUGGUAAAAAUGCUUUAAUCCGUAUUGGAUUUGAAUAAAAUGGUGCAUAGUUG